GUUGCAUCCUUCUUGAAGAAGCACGGCUUCAAGGAUGUCGGGGCCGCUAAAAAGUCUCUGCUGAAAGGGACGACCUAUCCGCUCCACAAAGCGUGCAAGCUUGGGGAUGCGAGGAUGGUGGCAUACCUUUUGCAAGCUGGAGCCUCCAAGGAACAGAAGGAUUCCCAUGGAAGGACUGCAGUGGACAUUGCCAAAGCAAGCAGCAACACAGCCGUGCUCCAGGAGUUGGGCUGUGAGCUGACGGCCGCACGAGGGGGUGCAUAA